AUGGAGAUGAAACAGUUGUGCCAGAUGGAAAUCGACGAGAAAGUCGAGGAGAAUAUGAAGGCGUUGGAGAAGAAGGUGGAGGCAAAGAAGGCGAUUCUGAAGGAAGUUCUGAGGACAGUGGAGGACGAGAACGAUCGAAAGGAAAGUGCGAAGAACAGGAAAUACAUCAGAGACGUAAGAUUGCAUUGAAGAAGACGUUCUCAGUGCUCCCGCCGUUUUUUCAGAUUCUCAGUUGCGAAGUGUCCGUUCCGUGCUCUGAGAACACGUCGAUUUCUGUGCAACUGAUGGACUUAUUUCGAUUCGGAUCGCACGUUAUCGCAAGAAUUCGUGUACAGAACAGAGCGCCAAGCAAAUAUUUGUGCGCAUUCAUUUGUCCGAUCAUUGCCAUAUUCCCGUCUUUUUCAGAAUUCUCCGCAUUUCCAGCUCUCCGGCUGAUUUCUCAAUUCACUGGAUUCUUUUCGGAGAUGAAUCCUCUCUGAAAACGGAAAAAGUCGUCCAGUUUGUCCUUUCAAUUGCAUUCUUUCUCUCACUUAUUUCCCUUUUCAGAGGCAAUUCCAUCCUUUUCGUCGCCAUUCCGUUUUCGGCGUUUUAUCGAACCGACCGAAUCUCUCUGAUCAUUCACAGUAAAUCAGUUGCCGAUCAAAACGGACUGUUCGUUUUCCCUUUCCCCAUGUAAUUACCCCAUUUGCCAUUCAGAUUCAAUCCUUCGUUCUAUUCGCUCAUCGUCGCCCACCAGAAUUGCUCUCGAGAAGACGUCGUUUCGCUGCCGAUAAAUGUGACCGAGGCCAGCGAAGACGUCGAUUUGAAGACCAUUGAAUUUUGUGAAGAACGAAGUGAGUCUUCGCGGCUCUCCUUUCAUUACUUUGAAUUCAGAAGCCGUCCAGAUCGUCCAGUCGCUGUUCACCUCCCUUUCCCUUCUUUCCGUCCCCGUCCCGCUUGACUUCUCCGCUCUCCGUCGCCGAUUUCCUCGUUUCCCAUUCGUUGAUUUUGACACGUGGCGUCUUUUGAUCGGAACCGAUCAAUUCGACGGAAUCUUUGUAUUCACUGAGAACGACGCUUCGGAGAGUACGGUGAUCGGACGAAACACACAAUUGUGCCGAAUUUUCGUGGAAAAAAUAAAUGAAGAUGGCUGUACGGAAUAA